AGUCUGCCACAACCAGAACACUCUAUUAGCAUUUGGUGGAUCCCAGAAGCAUUUGGAGGAUCAUAGCUCUGGUUCCUCCCCUCCCACCCUUCUCCUCCAACCUGACAGCAGCACACGAUCUGGUCGCGGUUUGGUCAGCGCUGAGUGUGUGUGUAUGUGUGUGUUUGUGUGUGUGUUUGUGUGUGUGUGUGUGUGUCCCCUCCCAAACCAUCCCUUUCCAAAGGGUUUGUGAGUCACAUGGAAGGCAGCAGACGGUGCUUGCAGGCAAGACGCCGCGCGGCACACACACUGAGAGAGCCGGCGGCUCCUCUAUAAAACAUUACAGGGAGGAGGAGCAGGCGAGGAGGAGGAGGGGGCACAGGAGGGCGAGGAGGAGGGGAGCGGGGGGAUAAGUGUCGGAGCGCUGGUAUUCCCAGCUCAGUGCCUGCUAGCAUGGCCAUAGAGAAGAAGCUUGGCGUGGUGCCGCCGUCGCAGGGCCCGCUGUCGUCCCGCUACGUGGACGGCCAGAGGAAGGCCAACGCUCCCAAGAUACCCGCAGAGAAAAGCAAUAAUGCCAAAACAAAUGCCCCUACAAAGAACAACACGGUUAGUCCGUCGACUAUCAACAAAUCUACUGUCGGCCCAUCAGGUCCACGAAUCCUUGCAGGACCGACUGGGCCGAAUGUGGACGAGCGCUUGAGGUUGGCCAAAGAGAGGAGAGAGGAGCAGGAGAAGCUCCUAGCGUCUCGUGAGCUUGGCCGCCUGGAGAGGGAGCAGCGAGCCAGGAGAUACUAUGAGCUGCAGCUGGAGAGCCGCAAGACCAAGCUGCUGGAGCAGAGGGUGAAGGAGGAGGGGAGGCGCGCCGCCGUUGAGGAGAAGCGCAAGCAGAGACAGAGGGAGGAGAAGGAGCGUUAUGAAUCUGCAGUACGCAAAACUUUGGAAAAGAGCCAGAGACUCCAGCAUAACCUCAUGCUGAACUCCCGAGGGAGACUCCAAAAGAAGAGUGCUGGCCACCGCUCCCCCCUGACGGCAUGGGAGAGGAACCUGGUCAGCCGUCUGCUCACCCCGACAUGCUCCUACCUAGCCCGGAGCCGGAGCGCUGCUUGUCUCUCGGGACAAGAAGUUGUCCAUGUUUGUCCUCGUUCAGUUUCAUGCCACUCCAUGAACACCACCCCCAAAAACAACCAGGCCAUUCACCACCCCAAACCACCGCAGCAGACUGGGCCGGCUCGCCAGAGUGGGCCGGCCCGCCAAACCAGGCCAGCUGCACCCCCCAUCACCGGCAGCAGUAAACCCAGAAGCCAUAGUGUGCCACAGAUCAAAGCAGAGAAGCAGAACCAGCUGGACAAGAAAUCCAGUACUCGAUCUAACGCAGGAACACCACCUGUCAGAGCCAGAUCAGCACCAACAAAAGCUAGCCAAACCACUUUAACCAAACCAUCGCCCCAACGAACUCCCAGACGGCCAAUCAGACGGCAGUCCUUUUCAAUGCCCCCGGACCUCCCCUCCGUCCCAGAGGAAGAGCUUCCUGUAUGUGUCCCCGCCUCUUCUGACCCUGCCCUGGAUGACCCAGCACCCUCUGGCCCCACCCUCUCCCCUGGCAAUGCCCGCUCCGUCAUCCUACCCCAGAAGCCCCCACCAGGGGGGCCCCCACCCGGGGCUCCGGAGGCCAUGAAGGGUCGCCCGGAACCUCUUCCUCGAGCUUCAUCAAGGACAGAGCCCGACAGAAGCGCCCCACAGAGUAUUGCUGCUACUGGUGCGCACAAACCUCCUGAAGCAGCCAGUCGACCGGCCGGCGGUGGACCCACGAACCGAGAGGAGGCCCAGCGCCUCCUCGGGGAGAGGAGGAAGGAGGCGCGACUGCAGCGGGAGCAGGAGGAGGAGGAAAGCCGCAGGCGUGAGGAGGAGGGACGGCGGAGGGCGGAGCAGGAGGAGCUGAGGAGGGCGGAGGAGCGCUCGCGCCGGCAGGCUGAGGAGCAGGCUCGCCUGCACGUCGAGGCCCAGCGUCUGGUGGAGGAGAAGAGGAGGAGGGAGGAGGAGGAGCACAGGAGUGCGGAGGAGGAGCGCACUCAGGCCAUGAGAGAGGCGGCCCUGCUCCAGAAGAAGAGAGAGGAGGAGCAGGCCGUUGAGCGGGAGAAGGCCUCACAGGUGAAGAGGGAGAGGGAGGACCUGGCCCAGAAGGAGGACGCCGAGCGGCAGAAGAGGAGAAAGCGCCUUGAAGAGAUCAUGCGGAGAACAAGGAGAACCGAUGCAGCAGAUACGAAACCUGCGCCGGCCAGGAUCACUCCGACCGAAGUCCUACCGAAGGAGAACACGGAGCCUAACCCCAACGGCCACACCGGGCCAGGGCCACGGCAGUCGACCGGGCUGAGGCCGGGCCAGCGGGGCGGGAACGGGAUCGAGGACAUGGUCCCCGUGGUGGCCUUCAAAGAGCGCCGGGCCAUCAGGACGCUCACAGGUCUGGACGAGAUCCAGAGCCACCAGAGAGCAGUCAUCUGAGCACUAGGACACCCUGCAGGCCUGGAGAGGGGCUGUGUUCUCCACGUGGUGCCUGCUCCGCUACACUCUCUGUCCUGCACUUUCACAGAGCAUGGGACUAAACAGCCAAAGUUUAAUAUCUGCCAUUUGUGUGCUAUUAUCCCCAUUUAAGCUGUACCACAAGUCAUGCAGCAGAUUCAAUCAUUGGUGUGACACAGCUUGUCGAUAUUAGUGUGGAACUAGAGCACCAUUAUAUCAAUUGUGGAAUAGUUUGUUCUCCGCAAGCACAACAACAUACAAUAUAUAUUAUGUAUAGUACACAACAUACAAUAUAUAUUAUAUAUAGUACAACUGCCUUCGCUUCAGCGUGUUCAGAAAAUGCAGUUUUUAGAAAGCUCCUGAAAAUGUUGGGAUGUUUUUAGUCUAAAAUGAUAUUUGCACUGCCUUUAUACUAUAAUACUUUAUACUUAUUUCCCCAAAGCUGCUACUUCAUUUAGUGAGGCCAUAGCUGUGUUGUGUAUCGUUUCCAAAGAAUAUUGUGCAUAAAGUGUUAUUUUAUUUAAAAAUGGUAAUCAUUUUACAAUGCAAAGCUUUAGGUGUAGGGCUUAAGUCGGUUUAUUGCUAUGUUAAAAGUGUUACCAUAAAUGCAACCUUUCCAAGUGUGUUUGAUCUUCCUGAUAUGCCACCACUAGUUAUCACACCUGUAAAGUGGAUCCUUAUAACCCAUGGUAAAACUGGAACAUGUACGCCAUAUUAGAUUAAACUCGACCUUAAGCCCCA